UGACGGAUAUACCAGUUGAGUCCACACAGUGACGUCACGGUGUUCGAGGACUUGAACUCAUCGGGAAUUAAGUCAGCCUUGUGUUAUCGUCAUUGAAGCAUCUGCCAUUUUGGGACGUUGGAUAAAGAGAAAAAUCAUCGCCCACCUGACGUUCCUGGAAAUACGAAGUUGGUGACGGAGCUGAAUAUCAGCAAACAAGGCUGCGUGGCUCACAACUGACGGCCUCAGCCUGAAGGGGAAAUCACUGUCCACAAAACAUUCACUGUAAUUGAGAUCCUGUACCAUCCAGCAAGAAGUGACAGGAGACCAAAAACUAAAGAAGACUGACGACAUAGUGGAUAAGAUCGAGGUUCUGUAACAAACUAGCUUGUAAAUUGUAAUUUUAGUGUGGAUUGCAUUAUUAUAACAGUGCAGCGUAUUUGUUUGUUGCCUUUAUUCCCCGGUUGUACUCAAUUGAUUCCAAAUCAUGGAUGUAUCCCAAGUCCCAGAAAAGAAAGCAAACACUCUGAAAGAAGAACAUCAGCAGUCUGGGGGUGGUUGGCAUGGUCUCUCCUCAGCGCAAAAGAGAAUGGUAAUGAUGCAGCAAGCAGCCCCCGAAUCAACCGCUUAUGUUGAAACGAUUGCGGUUCGCACCACCAACCAAAUAGAACCACGGGAUGUUUUCAAGACUCUUACCUCACUGCAUCCCAUACUAACCUCCAAAAUAGACAUGGAUGGAAACAGAAAGGAGUUUGUUGUUACUUUGGGUAGCAACGUGGCCUUCGACGUCAAGCCUGAAGUCUUAGAUGCUGAUAUCGAUGUUGAGGAUUACAUCAAGCAGUCAACACCAGUAAUAAAUAUUUUUCACGAGCCUCUCGUUCAGUAUCGGUACUGCAUUCAGGGAGAAAACCACAUCCUAGUACUUCAUAUUCAUCAUUUGAUUGUCGACAUCGUAACAAUUAUCAACAUAUGGACAGAUGUCCACGGUCUGAUAGAGGGCGCCUCCAACGUUCAAGGAGCUCCAGUAUCACCUACUUCCUAUUCAUCAUUUGUAGCUUGGGAGAGCACCGAACGACAAUCAGCACGACACGGAGCUGACCAAGUUUUUUGGAAAGAGACUUUCUCAAGCAUGCCAACUCGGGCAAGUUUGGCUGUUCUUCCCUUGAGCGAGUGUGAAUGGAGUGACGCAAGUGUCUACAAGGCGAGGCAGGCCAAAAUCAUCCUCCCAAGAGAGUCGACGGAAUCGAUCAGCAAGUACUGCAAGUCGAUUGGCGUGACGCCAUUCAAGUACUAUCUGGCUUGCACCAUGCUGGUUUACCAGCGAUACAUCGGGACUGAAGACGUUACUCUUGCAGUUCCGAUUUCAACAAGACCUCAGGCGCACCAAAACACCGAUGGUCUCUUUGUAAAUACAGUUUUCUUUCGAAAAGUCCUGCGAACCGACAUGACCUUCACAGAUUACGUAAAAGAUGUUGCCAAAAGCUGGAUGGAGACGUACAGUCACUCUCAGUAUCCUCUUGAAGAGGUUGUUAAAAUCGUAAAAGAGGCGCAUGGAAUGAGUAUGUCAUCAUUCUGUUGCAUGAUGUUUGGUAGCUACACCAUGCAGACAUCUAAUGUGAUGCGUAUACCUGCAAAGCACGCCAAGAUGCCUGUAGAAUUUGACGUCACUUUCAAGAGGGGAGAGGAGACAAUCGAAAUCGUUGUAGGAUGGGCAGAAGAAUUCAUUGAUGCAGGUGUAGCUCAGAGAUUGGCUGAAGGUGUGGUUCAUACGUUCUGUAAAGCCUAUCAACAAGCAGACGAUGUCACGCAGAGCAUUCAAGUCUUAUCUUCUGCAGAGCUGGACCUUCUUGAGUCGUUCGGUCGUCAUCCUGGGAAAAGUCAAACAAUCCCUGAACAACCAGUUCAUGUGGCAUUUGAAGACCACGCUGUCAAGAAUCCAGAGUUGAUCGCAGUGUCUUGUAGAGAUGUUUCUCUUACAUACAAGCAGCUCAAUAUCAUGGCCUCCAGCAUUGCUCAGGGUCUCCUUGAAAACACCGACCAAGUUACACUUCAAAAGAGACCGGUUGUCAUCGUCAUGGAGAACGAUGAAUACACAGUGGCAUCGGUACUUGGAAUCUGGAAAGCUGGAGGUCACUUCUUACCUGUUGCAGUUAGUUUUCAGAAUUUAUUGAAGGGGAUCUUUGAGAGGUGUGAGCCAGCCACUGUGCUCUACAACACUAGACUCAAAGAUUUAUCAAUCCCCACCACGAAGCAAUGUCCUGUCCUCAACGUCAAAGAUCUCACCACAUACCCUGCAGAUGAUAUGGUUCAAAGCAGAUUGGUUGGGAAGACACCUGUGGACAACUUGGCAUAUGUAAUGAGGACCUCGGGAUCAACGGGAAUUCCCAAACAAUGCAGCAUUUCUCACAGGAGCCUUGGUAUUGUAGCUGCAGCCUAUACAAAGAUGUACAACUUACCUGACAUGACGGUGAACUGUCUCCAGUGGGCACCCAUCUCAUUUGGCGUCUUCAUAGCGAUUUUGGUCAGAGCCCUAGUAUCUUCUCCUGGCCGAUUGACUAUCUGUCCAGAUGAAUUCCGGUUGGAUGUCUUCCACAUACUGGAUCUCAUCCACGAGCAGAAUGUCAAUUUGGUAGAGUUUACACCCCAGUUAGCUCGACAUCUUGUGGAGAAUGCCAAGCUCGAUCAGCUGGAAUCCAUCCAACUCUUAAUCAUUGGAUCUGAUGUACUCCAAGUACACUUCUACAACAGAAUCAAGGAUCUUUUGAAUUCAAAUCAAAGAGUUCUAAAUGGCUAUGGGAUGACAGAGGCUACCAUGGACUCGUCUUUCUUUGAAGGACCAGUUGUGUCAAGGACCAGGAGUGGAAUGGUGCCGAUUGGGAAACCAUUUCCUGGUGUUCGAUACCAUGUCUUGAAUUCCUCAACCUUACAACCAUGCCCUGUAGGUACAGUCGGUGAACUGUACAUCAGUGGUGAUGUCUUGGCAUCUGGGGAUGCAGAGCUAGUUCACUUGGAGCAUCUUCAGUGUGUGGCACUGAAGACAGGUGAUGCAGCUUACUGGCUGCCAACUGGAGACAUUGAUCUGAUGGGUAGACUGAAUAGGAUGGUCAAACUAAGAGGGCUCAGGAUUGGCACUACAGAGAUAGAAAACAAGAUACUGCAACUUGUUCCUGGAGUAAAGGCCGCCUGUGUUGUUCCUAUGACUAACAGUGAAGAGUCUGGCAGCACUGAUCAGUCUUUGUGUGCCUUUCUAGUGCUUGAUGAGAGCAGCCAAACUGGUGGUAUCGAGAUAGAUCGCAGAUCUGUUUGCCAAAAGCUACAAGGUGACCUCCCGAAUUACAUGCUGCCUAAUAUUGUCAGCAUCAUAGACGAAGUGCCGCUAACUCCGAACGGAAAGGUAAACUACAAAAUACUUCCGAGUAUCAAUGAUAUUGUCAAGAUGGAGACUAAGAAGGAGACCACGGAUAACACGGUGGAAACUAAAACUGCCUCAACUUUGAGAAUGUUGUUGGCUGAAGCGAUGGGCUUUCCAGACUCAAGUCGAAUUCCAAGUGAUACAACUUUCAUGGAAUUAGGCGCCCACUCUCUUGUUUGUAUUUAUGAUAUUACAGGCCCCCCCCCCCCAAUCUGAUCUAGAUAUAGAAACGAAGAAUGGAAAUUGCUGUUCAAAUUUUUAUCAUAGUUGGGGGAUCGGAUGUUUUGAUCCCAGCACGAACUUUCGCAAAGGCAAGAAAACAAUAAAAUAGAAAUAGCUUAAUUGUUAGGCUAAAAAAUUGACUCCAGGAGACCAAUUUUCGUUUGUUAGUGGGAAAUAAUUUGGAAACGCAUUCAUUUUUAAUAGAUUUUCUGCAACUAGUCGGUAUACGGGUUUUAUAAGUUAUUUUAUUUUGUCGAAUAUUACUCUUUAAGUCUUUGGUGUAUAUUUGCUCGAUGUUAAGAAGUUACCAGAAUUGUUAUUACUCUUGCGCUAAACAAACUGCCUCAACUUUGAGAUAAUAGUGUGUUUCGGUCUCUUCAAAUAAACAAAUAUUUGUUUGUGUUGAUGGUAUUACAGGCCCCCAAAAUCUGAUCUUGAUAAUAUAGAAAUGAAGAAUGGAAAUUGCUGUUCAAAUUUUUAUCAUAGUUGGAGGAUCGUAUGUUUUGAUCCCAGCACGAACUUUUGCAAAAGCAACAAAACAAUAAAAUAGAAAUAGUUUAAUUAAGUUGACUCCAGGAGACCAAUUUUCCUUUGUUAGUGGGAAAUUAUUUGGAAGCGCAUUUAUUUUUUAAUAGAUUUUUUCAACUAGUCGGUAGUAAGGGUUUUGUUAGUUAUUUUAUUUUGUCGAAUCGUCGAAUAUUACUCUUUACGUCUUUUGGUGUAUAUUUGCUCGAUAUUAAGAAAUUACUAUAAUUGUUAUUACUCUCGCCGCGCUAAACAAACCAGCGUCUGAAAAAUAUCGUUGAUUUCAUUGAGGAUUCAAGUUUCAUAAUUUGUUUGGUCAGAACGAUAUCUUAGAAUGUAGAUUGACUGCAUAAUUGGAGAUCAAUCUUCGAGGCCUAGACUGUGAUCAUCUUGAUCAUCAAGUUUGGCUAUUUUUUGCAGUAAAAUCUGAGCACUAGUAACAAUGUAAUAAUAUUGUAACGAAGCUUGGCGGUCUAAGGACUUAUAAUAAUGGAAUGGCUUCAACUCACGGGACAGAAUUUAAUCGGUAGGAAAGAACGGACCAGUGAUGGGGGUAACAGCAACAAUAAACAGAUGAAAUAAAGAUGGAAGAUGGACACGAAA